AGGAGAGAGAGAGAGAGAGAGAGAGAGAGAGAGAGAUGAGGAAUCCGCCAUCGUCAUCGUCAUCAUCGACUUGGCCGAGCAAGCCAACGCCGUGCUGCAGCAAAGUGGGAAUCAAGAGGGGCCCGUGGACGCCUGAGGAAGACGAGGUCCUGGCGGGCUAUGUGAAGAAGGAAGGGGAAGGGAGGUGGAGGACUCUGCCGAAACGGGCAGGGCUUAUGCGCUGCGGCAAGAGCUGCCGCCUCCGGUGGAUGAACUAUCUCCGGCCAUCCGUCAAGAGAGGGCAGAUCGAGCCGGACGAGGAGGAUCUCAUCCUGAGGCUCCACCGAUUGCUCGGUAACAGGUGGUCCCUGAUAGCCGGGAGAAUUCCAGGAAGGACAGACAACGAGAUCAAGAACUACUGGAACACUCAUCUAAGCAAGAAACUCAUCAGCCAAGGGAUCGAUCCGAGGACCCACAAGCCAUUAGACCUUAUCCCCAACAUGCCGACAUCAGAUCUCCAUGAUGUUGCACCGGCUUCAAUCUCCCCAAAAACCCCUAGCGCGUCUGAGUUUCAAGUGACUAAUGGCGAUCACUAUCGAGUCACCGUAACCGAUAACACCAAGGAUCCUAAGGAAGUGAUGACUAACCUGCAAGAUCCGCGUCCAAACCCUAGGGUUGAUCAUCAGGACGGUAUCAAUCAGAGUUGGCAGAAUCUUGAUGGGACAGCGAUGAUGGCCGGAUCUUCGUCACACCAUAGCAAAGCACAGAGCCAUGCUCAAUUCUACAUGGACAACAAUAAUGAGGACCUGUUCUCUUCAUUCUUGGAUUCUCUGAUCAACGAGGAUGGCUACAUGAAUCAGCAUCAGCGUGCGACUUCUUUCCUUCCUAUGGUUUCUUCUGCUAUGAAUAACUACAAUAAUCAAGGAGCCAUCUGGGACGCUGAAUUGAGAGCUGCAAUGGGGCCAUUACCUGUUGAUAUUCUACAACUGAAAAUCAGGUAUAAUGUUUAUGAAUCAAGGAUAUUACACGCCUGAAAUAAUCUCGUAUGGCCUAUGUAAACAAAGAAACCAGGAGGUCAUAUAAGACAUCGCAACC